UUCGUUUUUUUGCCCGACAGAUGAAAACAUCAGUGUUGGGUGCUAAUGCCGGGCUGAUUCCUGCCACAAUCAGCAAGAUGUUUGUCAUCCUACUGCCUGCUUCCAAUCAAUACGGAUCAAACUGUUAGCGUUUACUGUAUCUGUAGGUAGCCAAAGCCCAUUUUGUAUUGCUGUACCUUUUUUGGAUCUCUAAUUUCCCGUAGAAGAAAAUGAACGGCUUAUCCAUCAGCGAGUUGUGCGGCCUGUUCUGUUGCCCGCCCUGUCCGAGCCGGAUUGCAGCGAAGCUGGCCUUCCUGCCCCCGGAGCCCACCUACGCUCUUCUGCCAGACCUGGAGUCCACCUCACCUGUGACCUCUAACCUUGGAGCCCCAGGUUUGCGCUCCCGUUUGGCUGGAGGUGCUGGAGGUGCUGGAGGUGCUGGAGGUGCUGGAGGUGCUGGAGGUGCUGGAAGUGCUGAAGGUGCUGGAGGAGGAGGAGGAGGAGGAGGAGGAGGAGGUGGUGGUGGAGGUGGAGGUGGAGGUGGUGGUUUUGGUGACAGGAGUGGAGAAGGUCGAUGGAAGCUGCACCUCUCUGAGCGAGCGGAGUUCCAGUACUCCCAGAGGGAGCUGGACGGAACCGAGGUCUUCCUCACUCACUCCAGCCGUGGCAACAGAGUGGGAUGCAUGUACAUCCGCUGUGCCCCAUCUGCAAGGUACACUGUGCUCUUUUCUCACGGUAACGCUGUGGAUCUCGGUCAGAUGAGCAGCUUCUACAUUGGUCUGGGCACUCGUAUCAACUGCAACAUCUUCUCUUAUGAUUAUUCUGGUUAUGGGGUCAGUACAGGGAAACCCUCAGAGAAGAAUCUGUAUGCAGACAUAGACGCUGCGUGGCACGCUUUGCGCUCAAGGUAUGGCAUCAGCCCUGAGAAUAUAAUCCUUUAUGGGCAGAGCAUUGGUACCGUGCCCACCGUGGACCUGGCGUCCCGUUAUGAGUGUGCUGCCGUGGUACUUCACUCACCCCUCACCUCAGGGAUGAGGGUGGCGUUCCCUGACACCAAGAAGACGUACUGUUUUGAUGCCUUCCCAAACAUUGAGAAGGUGUCUAAAAUCACAUCUCCAGUGCUGAUCAUCCACGGGACGGAGGAUGAAGUGAUUGAUUUCUCUCAUGGUCUGGCCCUGUUUGAGCGCUGCCCGAAGGCUGUGGAGCCGUUGUGGGUGGAAGGAGCCGGGCACAACGACAUCGAGCUCUACAGUCAGUACCUGGAACGCCUGCGCAGAUUCAUCAGCCAGGAAGUGGCUGCACACCUGGAGCUGAGUUUUCUACUGAGAAGACCCCUCGACUUCACACCCAAAAGAUCCGAGUGUGUGAGCAUCGGUCUCAGGACCUCAGUUUGUCUGAGGCACUCGCAGUUGAUUCGGCUUGUGAUUUAGGUGACCAGGACAAAUGAAAUGAAAUGUCAUUUGAAUAGGACUAAUAUCUAAUAUCUCUUUAUGAAGCUCUUGUGGGUGUUUAUGUACUUUCUCUUUUGUUAGUUCUUAUAAGAGCAUAAGACCAGUCUGUUUUAAAAUACAGCAUCAUCACCUUUUCAGACAAGAACUCUCUGCUGGACAGAGUGUGUGUGUGUGUGUGUGUUUGUGUGUGUGUUUGUGUGUGUGUUUGUGUGUGUGUUUGUGUGUGUGUGUGUUUGUGUGUGUGUUCAAUAUUUUUUAGACCAUCUGUUGUGUGUGUGUAUGAAUGUGGUGUCAUUGAAACCUUUUUUUCUGAUGAACUGAUCUUCAUCAGGCAUCUGGAGAUGCACUACUGGUCAAAAGUUUGGAGACACUGAGUUUGAUUUUCAUGAUCUUAAAAUCAUUUUGAUCUAAAGCCUUCUGCUUUAAUGCUUAAUAUUAGUUUUGUAGACAAAUAUACAUUGUGCCUACUUACGAAUUUCUUUACAAAACUAAAAUCUUAAUGAAUCUUGUUUUUUUUUUAAUGGACAUGUCAGACCAGUGAAGCAACCAGCAACUGUCCAGUAUACAUGCAAACGUCUUCAAUACAGUUUAAAACCAUCCCAGGAUGCUUAUGAAGUUGACGAAUGUCCAGAGCUGGAAUCUAGACAAAGAAGAAGCUCAGUUGUAAGACAUUUUAAUUAAUUUAUUAAUUUUUUGCUCAGUACAUACUCUAAGUUAUUAUUUAAUUUUAUGUUAUAGUUUUCAUGACUUUAAUAUUAUUCUAAUAAAAGUCAUAAUAAAAAUAUUAAUAGACGUUUCCAAACUUUUGACUAGUAGUGUAGGUCCAUACCGGUUUUGUUUCUCCAGAUUCUGCAUUUUUCCCUUUGCUUCCCUGUCAUUUAAAAAAAGGAGUUUGGGACCCAAACACUGUUUUUAAGGAUGUGGAUGGAGCUGUGCCGAUACAAUAUGGAUAUAUGGAAAUACACUGCCAUUCAAAAGUUUGGGAUCAGUGGAUUUGUUUUUUUGUUUUUUUCAAUGAAAGCGAUGGGUUUUAUUUAGCAAGAAUGCAUUAAAUGAAUCAGAGACAGUAAAGACAUUCACAAUGUUACAAAAUAUUUCUUUUGAGUUUUCUAGCUAUCAAAGAAUCCUGAAAAAUUGAUCAGUUUCCCCAAAGAUAUUAAAAGCAACUGUUUCCAUCAUAGUUGCUUAAAACCAUUUCUUAUUGUUAUCAAAUCAGCAUAUUAGACUGAUUUCUGAUGGCUCAUGUGAGACUGAAGACUGGAGUAAUGAGCUUUGCCUCACAGGGAUAAAUGUUCUAGAACUGUUUUCUAGUUGACACUAUUUUAAAUCGUAAUAAUAUUUUAUAUUAUUAUAGUUUUUACUUUGAUUUUGAUCAAAUAAAUGCAGCCUUACAGAGCAAAAGAGACUUACUUACCCCAAACUUUUGAACAGUAGUCUAUUAAGAUGUUUUUCCUCGCCAUAUUGUGUUGAUCCUUAUAACACUAUUUUUUUUUUUUUAUUCUUGUGUUCAUUUAUUUCAUUUACAUGUUUAAGAAGAAACAGAUUGUCUACAUAAGCAAAAACUCUAAAACCAGAGCUGCUUCUAUAAGUCAAAAGUGAAGUAAAAUGUGCGGGAGAGAUUAAAACUCUUCCCCGGUCCAGUUGAUAUGAUAUUGUGAUGCAUCGGUGUAUUGAGUUGUGAAAUAUGUAUCACACUGAAGUAGUUGGCAUUUCCAGCCUCUAAAAUGGGGGCUGAAUUUGUAAAUAUUUAGAUUUCUGACCCUUUUUUUCCCACUUUUUCCCCACACGCUGAAUUGUGGCGGAGGUUAAUAGCUGUGAUUUUGCCCACUGUGAGCACCUGACCCGAAUGACAGGAAACCUCACGCUACACCAGAAACAUCACACGUUCCUCCCGCAUUCAGUUCUCUUAGCUCGUGCACGUUGAUGUAAUGAUGCGUAAAUGAACUCUGACGCCCAAUUCGACCCCAGACUGACGUGUGAUUGACAGUUUCUGAGCCGUCUCAGAAUGGGGUCGUGACCUCCAUCCACUGCUGACCUCUUGUCUGUGUUUAUGUCUGCGAGAGGAAGAACCGUGACAGGUUUUUUAAUAUUACCGCAUGCCAGGUCAUCAAAUCACAUUACCGUCAUUUUUGCUAUUUCCAAUCGCAGUUUGUAUAUUGAGCUAUUUAUAGCGGCCACUUCUCUCGCAAACAAACCUUGCUGUAUUAGAAAUGCUCUUAUGUGGUCAAUGGAUAUUUAACAUGAACUUCCAGAUCUAUUUUUAUAAGGUUGACAAGUCUUUGCUAUAAUAUGAACAAACCUUUCACUGUUUAAGAGCCAUUUUUAAAGGGAUAGGUGUGUAUUUGUAGCUCGGACAUGUGGAUUGUUUUAUAGUGAUAGUAUAGUGAUAGUUCGCCCAAAAAUUAAAACCAGACUUCAUUUCGUCCAUGGACCAUAAACGGGUCAUUUUUGAAUGUUAUAAACCAUAUGAUGAUGCUCGAGAUGAUGAUGAAUUGGCGAAUAACCGCUCAAAAAUGAAAAUCUGUCAUUAUUUACUUGUUUAAACUUGUAUGACUUUCUUUCUUCCGCAGAACACAAUAGAAGAGAUUUUGAAAAAUGUUGGUAAGCACUCGGUUUUGGUCAAUGGGAACUGAAACUGUUUGGUUACCAACGUUCUUCAAAAUCUCUUCUUUUAUGUUCCAUAUAAGGAAGGAACGACAUCAGGAUGAGUAAAUGAUGACAGAAUUGUCAUUUUUUUUGGGUGGACUGUCUCUUUAGAUUUAGUGUUUAUCAUGCAAAUCAAUUGUACAGCUUAUGGUUAUGAUACUUUAAUUGUGUCUGUUUUUUGUUGUCCUUUUAGGGUCUUGAAAGCAUCCGGUUACUAUAUGCUUUCUUUUUAUCAAAAAGCAGCUCAGAAAUUUUUCAACGCAAGACAUCAGACGUGUUUGUAACACCACGAGGGGAGAAUAAAUGAUGCAAGUUUUAAUUUUUAGGUGAACUAUUUCUUUAAAAGGACAUUGCAACCUCUUUAACAUCUAGUUUGCUAUACCUCCCUGAAGGUCAGUCGUUUUGUAUUCCGACGUCUGUAGUUCUUAAGACGGUUUUUAAGACCCCAACUCUUGUAAAGAGCAGUGUGUACUCAGGAACAUUUUCAUUCGUUUGGCUGACAACACACUGCAUAUUUGUCCUCAAAUGCUGCCAGUAAAACAAAACCUGCUUUACGUUGAUCUUAGGAACCACAGACUGCAGGAAAAAUCUUUUUCCAUGUUGACAUCUGUGUCAUAAUGAGCAUAGCAAACUUUGUGUUAAAGUUUGUGUGCCACUUUUAGUAUGCAUGUAAUAGAUAAGAUAUGAAAAGAAAACGGACUAAUUAUAGCGUGUGAAUUUCAGUGUAUAUUAUAUGACUUUCCAAGAUUAAAUAGUUCGUUAGCCUAAUAUAUAAAAGGAUGUUAGGAUGUCGAUUUUUAGAGCUCUAAUGAAAAGGGUUAGUAUUCACAUCUCUGAACAAGCGAGCAAUAAUGUCAAACCUUUGACUGUGAGAACUGGAUAGAUUUAUCAGACUCGCACAAAAGUCCACAUGAUGAUCAUUUUGAAGGGUUUGCACUUUCAGUGACACAGCACAACCUUAUCCGAGAACUCUAAAAUACUUUAUGCCGACUCACAAUUUUGUAUAGCGAUAUAAAGCUAAUUUGCUGUAUUUCUAGUCACAUUAAGUCACGUAUCUAUAUCGAGAUUUGCAAGAAAAUGACUGUAUAUUACCAGAUACACGUCUGUAUAAAGAGGUGAUGGUGUGUCCCCCUAUGAUGUAAGAUGCUUUGUGUGUGUUGGGUAAUGUUUUCUUUUUUUAGCUGGAAGAUGUGAUGUACUGUGGUUGAGUAAUAAAGGAAAGCUGUAAAGUAA